GGGCAAGAAGGACCCGGAAGGGAAGAGCAGCUGCCGCUUUUAUUUGGGGGGGCGAGAACUAACCAACAUUAUAACUAAAAGACGUUUCUAAAGAAAACUGUAGCUUAACAGCUGCAACGAUUAGACUGCGUGGGACCUGGUAAUCAAGCUUUUUUUGUUUUGUUAAUAUAUAUAUACGGAAUAAAUAUUUCGAGAGAAAAAAAAAUCAAAUAAAAGGCCAGAACUGAUGUAGCAGUGUCACCAUCCCCACUACCUCCAUCCAGUCCCCUGUGCCUGCCCGUCUGUCUCUCUGUAUGCCCUGAGAGAGACCUGUCUGUCUGGGCUAUACAGAGCAAGGAGUGACAACACAGCCGAGACUGACCCACCACAACUGACUGGUCUACUCUGGAGGUUCUAGACACCACCAACAACGCCCUACAGAUAGAGAGCCCAGUUGAAAGGAUGGUCCCUGAUUGGUCUCCCUGCUGAGAGAGGAAACUAACCUGAUUGGUCUCCCUGCCUGCUCUCAUCCAUCAGUGGGGAACAGGAGGAGUUGCUGUUUUUGUUGUUGUUUUGCUGCAGAAGUACUUUAACCUGGUCCUGGGACACGUCUGUUCUGUCUGAUGUCACAAAGCAGCAAGGUCUCUCUGGGACUCUGGUAGUUUUCUUUAAUUUAAAAAAAAAAAAACAUUCCAGGUUGGUUUUGGAGCCUGGUGCUUUUACCAGCUUUGUUAACUACUGAAACUGGGGGAGGGGGACGAUUAAUGGGAUGCAACGAUGGCGGAUCUCAAUGAGCGUAGGCCAGUCAACACGGACUACGCGGUCUCCCUGCUGGAGCAGCUCAAGCUGUUUUACGAACAGAAGUUACUGACUGACGUGGUGCUGCUGGUGGAAGGCAACGAAUUCCCCUGUCACAAGAUGGUCCUGGCCACAUGCAGCUCCUACUUCAGGGCCAUGUUUAUGAGUGGUCUGUCUGAGAGUAAACAGAGUCAUGUUCACCUGAGGACCGUGAACCCAGCCACCCUGCAGACGAUCAUCACAUAUGCCUAUACAGGCAACCUGGCUGUUAACGACAACACCGUGGAGCCCCUUUAUGAGACCGCAUGUUUCCUCCAGGUGGAGGACGUGUUACUGCAGUGCAGGGACUACCUUGUGAAGAAGAUCCACGCAGACAACUGUGUCCGGAUGCUGAGCAUCGGGGACCUGUUCUCCUGUGUGGAGCUGAAGCAGAGCGCCAAGCGCAUGGUGGAACACAAGUUCUCCGUGGUCUACCGUCAGGAGGCCUUCCUACAGCUGUCCCACGAGCUGCUGGUCGACGUACUGAGCUCAGACAACCUCAACGUGGAGAAGGAGGAGACGGUGAGAGAGGCGGCCAUGCUGUGGCUGGAGUACAACAUGCAGUCCAGGUCCCAGUACCUCUCCUCGGUGCUCAGCCAGAUCCGCAUCGACGCUCUGUCUGAGGUGACGCAGCGCGCCUGGUUCCAGGGCCUACCUCCUAACGACAAGUCUGUUGUAGUGCAGGGCCUGUACAAGUCCAUGCCUAAGUUCUUCAAACCCCGCCUGGGGAUGACCAAGGAGGAGAUGCUCAUCUUCAUGGAGGCUACGUCGGAGUCGCCGGCUGACAUGGGUCCGGUCAUGACAGGUCCCAACCACACGGUAGUGUGUUACAGCCCGCAGGCUGAGAAGGUCUACAAGCUCAGCAACCCACCCGGCGACCUUCAGAAGGUGGGAACGCUCGUCACCCCCGACAAUGACGUGUUCAUCGCCGGCGGGCAGAUCCCUCUGAAGAACUCAAUCGCCAACCACAGGAAGAGUGGCAGCAAGAUGCAGGCGGUGUUCCGAUCGGUGGACAGCUUCUUCUGGUUCGACGCCCAGCAGAACACCUGGUUGCCCAGGACGCCCAUGACGUGUGCCCGCAUCAAGCCCUCUCUGGUCUACUGCGAGGGUUACAUCUACGCCAUCGGAGGGGACAACGUGGGCGGGGAGCUGAAUAAACGUACCGUAGAACGCUACGACUGUGAGAAAGACGAGUGGGCCAUGACGUCUCCUCUCCCGUGCGCCUGGAACUGGACCACGUCCGUAGCGGCACGCGGCUGUGUCUACGUGAUGACCCACGACCUCAUGUACUGCUACUUCCCCCGCGCUGACACCUGGGUAGAGAUGGCCACGAGGAAGACCAGUCGCUGCUUUGCCUCCGUCGCUGCCUUAGGUGACCUCAUCUUCUAUGUCGGCGGGCUCCACGUGGUCAGUAACUCGGGUGUCCGCAUGCCUACCAGCACCAUCGACGGCUCCUCUGUCACCGUGGAGAUCUACGACGUCAGCAAGAACGAGUGGCGCCUGGCCGCCGACAUCCCUGCCAAGCGUUACUCGGACCCGUGCGUGCGGGCUGUGGUCCUCCCGGGUUCUCUCUGCAUCUUCAUGCGCGAGACUCACAUGAACGAGCGCGCCAAGUACGCCAUCUACCAGUACGAUCUGGAGCUGGACCGCUGGUUCCUGAGGCAGCCCGUGUCUGAGCGGGUACUAUGGGACCUGGGGAAGGACUUCCGCUGCUCUGUGGGGAAGCUGUACCCAUCCUGUCUGGAGGAGUCCCCAUGGAAACCACCCACCUACCUGUUCUCCCCCGACGGGGCCGAGGAGUUUCAGGUGGACGGGGAGAUGGUGUCGCUCCCUCACAUAUAACUCUUGCCCUUUCACCUCUGGCCGUGUUGGGGGGGGGGGGGGUUGGAGGAGUAGAUUACCACAGUACUGAGGCACUAAUAAGUGUGUUGAUAUCUGGAUCAGAGGCAUCUGACAAUUACUAGACUUGCUGCAUUUAAAGUCUGUUCUGCUUGACUGGCUGUAGCUGACAAACAAACAGUACUAAACAGUCAGACAUUGAAAAUGUAGGAGAGAAACGAAAAAAAUAACGAUUCUCCUCCAAUACUAGGAUUUGAACUUCAUUUUUUGUUGUUGUUGCCAGUUCCGACUUUAUUAUCACAAGUCAACUGAUAUGUGGUGGUAAUGAUGCACUUACAGGUGAAAGUCCAAGUACCAAACCCCCCCCCGAACUCCAUCUCUCUUUAUCAACACUGUUUUCAAUCCACGUGUCUUUCCCAGGGACACCUGGCUUGUGUCCCAAAUGACUCCCUAUUCCCUGUGUUGGGCACUACUUUUUUGAUGAGAGCUCUAUAGGCUUCUUGCCAAAAUAAGUGGCUUUUAUAUAGAAUUAGGGUGCCAUUUUGGGAUGCACCUGGUAUUGGAACAUCCAGGGGACAGGGCGGAGGUCUGAGGUGUAGCAGUGGGAACGGAGAGGUGUGGGAGAGGGUUCUGGGUGGUGACUGCAGGUCCUGUCACUGGUCCAUCUCUUCACCUCUCGGUCCCAGACACCCACACAAGCACCAGUCUCUCCCCUGGUACACUUAACGCCUCUCUAGCCUGUCUCCUAGGUCGUGCGUCCACAAUGGCUCCCUAUUCUCUACAGAGUGAACUACUUUUGUUCAGGUCCCAUAGGGCAACCGUACGCGUGCUGAGCUCGCCCAUAGGGCUCUGGUCAAAAGUAGGGCACUCUAUAGGGAGCCAUUGUGGACGAUUACUUAGUCAAUCUUUCUGGACACAGGUCUUCCUCACAGCCAGCUGGAAGUUUACAGAACAGCGCCAACGCUAGCUGACCUCCGUCUCAGCAUAGUGAUAGGAGGAUUUAUGCCGGCUUUUUUUUUUUUUUUUUUGAUAUGUGGGUCUUCGCAAUCACACACCUGCUUCACUCUCUCUCAGUACUCUCAUCAACACACCACCUGCUUCACUCUCUCUCAGUACUCUCAUCAACACACCACCUGCUUCACUCUCUCUCUGUACUCUCAUCAACACACCACCUGCUUCACUCUCUCUCUGUACUCUCAUCAACACACCACCUGCUUCACUCUCUCUCUGUACUCUCAUCAACACACCACCUGCUUCACUCUCUCUCUGUACUCUCAUCAACACACCACCUGCUUCACUCUCUCUCUGUACUCUCAUCAACACACCACCUGCUUCACUCGCUCUCUGUACUCUCAUCAACACACCACCUGCUUCACUCUCUCUCUGUACUCUCAUCAACACACCACCUGCUUCACUCUCUCUCUGUACUCUCAUCAACACACCACCUGCUUCACUCUCUCUCUGUACUCUCAACAACACACCACCUGCUUCAC